AUGGCACUAGCCAAGACCGUCGAGCGUCGCAAACCGAAGAACGACUCACUCGAAGAACAACUUCUCUACGCCUGUCGCUACGGCAUCACGUCCGACGUCGACUCGAUCCUCUCACUGCCCGUCACGAACGUCAACCUCGAAUACGAAGGCGUCGUCGUGUUCGAGGGCGAGCGAGACGUCGAGGGGGCGACCCCCCUCUGGUCGGCAGCCACCGCCGGUCACAUCGAGAUCGUCCGCUCGCUUCUACGCGCACGCGUCGACGUCAAUCAUUCAACAAAAUCGAAAUCGACGCCUCUGCGCGGUGCGUGUUAUGACGGACAUCUGGAUGUGGUGAGGGAGCUACUGGAGGCCGGCGCUGAGUCAAACGUCGGGAACCGACUGAAUCAGACGCCGCUGAUGAUAGCGAGUGGGCGUGGUCAUAAGGAGGUGGUUGAGUUGUUGUUGUCAUGGAAGGUUGAUACCAAUAUUGCGAGUGUAACGGGGGAUACUGCAUUGCAUGCGGCUGCUGAGAAGGGAUGCUUGGAUAUUGUUAAGUUGUUGUUGGCGAAUGGUGCUCGUGCGGAUCUCUUAACGAAGGAGGGGUGGACGCCCUUGAUUCUGGCUGCUGCGUCGAAGUAUGUGAACGUCGUCGAGUAUUUGAUCACGUUGCCUGGGUGUGAGGCUGAGGAGCAUGCAAAUGCAUUGGAGCUGCUCGGUGCCGUGUGGGUCGAUAUGGAUGGGGACUUUGAGAGGGCAGAGCAGUUUUGGCGUCGAGCGUUGGAGUAUCGUGAGAAGAUGGGCGUGGUGAAGUCGAAUGUGCUACCGCAGAUGGAGGUUUAUUGGAAUCGAAAGGAGGCGUGUACGAUGGCAGAGUUGACCGUCAUGAUGCUCGACAUGGACUGCGUCUUGACUAACUCGUUGUUGGUUCGGGAACGAGUCCUCGGGCACAAGCAUCCGCAGACGCCUCAUUAUCUCCGAAUUCGUGGAGACGAGUGUCUUCAGUUGGGCGAUUAUGUCCAUACGAUGUUGCUAUGGGAACGAGCGAUCGAAAUGGACGAGCACGCAGAUAUCGACGCGUUAGACCUCAACAGUGCUGCAACGAUUGCACAGAAUAUAAUAAUCUGUUUGACCGGAUUAGCCAAGAUGAAGGAACAAGGACACCAACCGAAGGUCGUUAAAUUUUUCCACUGGGCUUUGAAUUGCGUCCGCUCUGCUAUGAAAUCGGGGGCGUCGGUCCGCGAGCUGGUUCUUGUGUUGAUGAUUUCGUUGGGUUUGUGGCUCAGUUGGCAUCCUUUGUCCGACGAGGAAUCCAAAGUUAAAUCUCAAGCCAUUCGUGAUGUCAUCGAGUUGGGGGUGAUCGGUCGCGACGGGCUCCUCCCGCUUAACUGUUGCUGUUCGAACGAGUUGAUGUUGGCGCUUCCACGUUUGCCGCUCGAACGUCUUACGGCGCUUCACAAGUUUCCAAGCGAGAGUCUAGUGCGUGAGCUCGUCAGGCAUGGAGCGCGUGUUAAUGCUCAAGAUAAGGAUGGAAACACUGCACUUCAUAUUGUCUGUUGGAGUGCGACGAACAAGACGCCGACUGAUGGUCAUGCUCGUAUUGCAAGAUUUCUUGUUGAAUCGGCGACACACGUUGAUAUCCGGAAUGCAGCCGACAUCCCGGCUCUCCCGUGGGUUGAUGGCUUGUCGAGAAACGCUGCCAAAGCGGCUGACGUUCUUCAACUAGCAAAGCUUCAAGUAACAAAUCCUGUUCUCAGACUCGAGUGCCUUGCGGCUCGAUCGAUUGUCGUUAAUCAAGUGAAUCUGUUGGAUAGUCUGUCUUCUCGUCUUCAGCGGUUUGUACAACUUCAUGCUCCGUUUGUUUCACCGCAGGCAGCAAGUUGAUAGACGGUGGUGUUGAUAGUUGAUAUUCGAAAUCGUUUCUAGUUUAUAGUUUAGAUGGAUUUUGUAAGUGAAAUGGCAACAUUGUAAAGUCUGUAGACUUUGGUUAUUGAAUAGUCGUGAAACUUCAAAAUCAAGUGUAUUGA